AUGGAUAUCGAAGAAAAACACGUUCGGGAAGCAUAUAAAUAUUUGGCAUCACUUCCAGGUAUUGCUUAUGCAACGCGAAAGUCAGUAAUUCGGUGGAUUAAUGUUCAAAAAUUUGUUAACCAACUUCCACUGGGCACAAUUGCCGUUGACAUUGGCAAUGGCAAAGUACUGAUAUAUGUUUGGGCAUUCGAACAACCCAAUGGGAAAUUUCCAUCGCAGGAUGUAUUAGUGCCUUGCCAAUUACAUCACACCAAUAGUAUUUCCUCCAAUGAUCACGAUAAGCCUAUCAAAUUCCAUAUGAAUUCAACCAGAGAGGAGCGUCUAAUAAGGGAUUCCAUAGCUGUGAACUUUUUGGUAGAGAAUGUAACACAAACUGCACAUACACCAUUAUUCCAUCGUAUUUGUAAUGUAUUCACAUCCCUCCACACAUUAUCACGAAACCUUCGAUCGACUCUUAACGGACGCACAACAAAGCGCUAUUUAAGCACACUGAUAACAGGCAAUCUGCGAUGCUUAAUGCGGCACAAUGCGGUUGAACGGUUUUCCGUGGAGUUUACGGAACGUAUUAUAAAAAUGGCUUUAACGGAAGUGUUAUGCAUUAAACUACAGUGUAAUUCUUAUCGAUUUUAUCAUGUUUUUAAGAGGGAUGAACUGAAAGCUCUCAUAGCAACGACACCAUCGUUACGAUUGGUGCAUUUGGAUUACGAACAUGCAAAUUGGUGGGCAAUUGCCGAAAAAGCUGAUUCAUUCUCAUAAUUUCCCUUAUGGAACAUAUAAUCAUAUAAAUUAUUAGUCCAAAAAAAAAGCUCUCGUGUUAAUCCUUUGUCCGGCUAUUAUUUCUUUGGAC